AUGGUACAGCCCUUUGGAGAUGCUCUGAGUGCUGAGAAGUCUGAAGUCUGUUCUUUUCGAGAACAGCUUGCCUCUGGUGCAGACGGAGGUGAGCUGAUUGUAUGGAAGUUGCAUGCAACAGAAACUAGCACAACGUGGAAGGUCCUUAAGACAUUGUCAUUUCACCGCAAAGAUGUGCUGGACCUCCAGUGGUCUACUGAUGGUGCAUUUCUCAUCUCUGGGUCAGUUGAUAAUUCUUGCAUCAUAUGGGAUGUGAACAAAGGUUCUGUCCAUCAGAUUCUGGAUGCCCAUUCCCAUUAUGUUCAAGGUGUGGCAUGGGACCCAUUGGCCAACUACGCUGCUUCCCUAAGUUCUGAUAGAACUUGUCGCAUUUAUGUCAAAAAAGCUCAAUCAAAAGCAAAAGGUGCCGAGAAGACAAAUUAUGUUUGUCAGCAUGUUAUUUCAAAGGCUGAGCCUCCACUGUUGGAUGAUUCUAAGUCUGCAAAAUACCAUCUCUUUCAUGAUGAGACGUUGCCAUCUUUCUUUCGAAGAUUAGCAUGGUCACCUGAUGGAUCAUUUCUACUUGUUCCAGCAGGUUCCUACAAAAUAUCAUCUGCACCGGAGACAAUAAAUACAGCUUAUGUAUUUUCUAGAAAGGACCUUUCAAGGCCUGCUCUACAGCUCCCUGGUGCCUGCAAACCUGUUGUAGCAGUUCGUUUCUGCCCUUUGCUCUUUAGCCUGCGGGGGUCAAAUCAAUCCGGGUUCUUUAAGCUUCCCCAUCGUAUUGUUUUUGCUGUGGCCACUUUAAAUUCUUUGUACAUUUAUGACACAGAGAGCGUUCCUCCAAUUGCAAUCUUUGCUGGUCUUCACUAUGCAGCCAUAACAGACAUUGCAUGGUCACCCAACGCCCAAUACCUAGGAUUGUCUUCUCAAGAUGGUUACUGCACGUUGGUAGAAUUUGAAAAUGAUGAACUGGGAUCACCUAUCUGCUCAUCAG